CGAAAUCUUGCCAUUUUCGCAUCAAUCUGUGAUAGUGCGAAUCGGAAUGGUGGCACAUGGUCCUUUUCAUAAAAUGGUCCAUUGGUGUUUUGUCUGUAACACAAAAGAAUAAGAUAUGAUCAACGCAAACAGAUGUGUUCAAGCUACGACAAUGAAAUGCAAUUUUUUUCCUCUCGAAUCGGCGAUCCUAUUUCUUAUUUGUUUUGUCCCAAGUAGCUUCGUUGGUUACCGCUUGACAUGAAGUCUAGAUUUGCUGAAUUUAUAACACGAUGACCGUGUCUUCAUCAAAUCAAAAAAGCAUCAAUCAAAUGACAGGACGUUUUUUCCCCGAGGCCCUUUUCCCAUGCUUCAAUGGUAAACUUUUGCUUUUAUGAUCUUUUUGGUCGUUACACCUGUUAAGAUCGGCACUUUGAUUGUAGGUAUCCACUCACCUAGAUCAUUUUCUCUUCGACCUGGGUACGUGAUUGUACAGUUCAGUGAUUCAGAUCUUUUUCGAAAAACAAGAUGACAAGAAUGUUACUUCCGAGACCUCGUUUCUUGUGGUGCUGCUUUCUCGCGCCGCUGUUGCUGCAGUCGAAUCCAUCCGCGCACGAGUUGUAUGUGCCUGAGUUGUAUCGCCGCCCUCUUCGCCUUUUUGUGCCUUCCGACGACAAUCAUGGACCUCCUGCUUCUUCUCCUGGGCUGGAGGAAGACGAAACGAAAGCUCGCGUAGAGAACGACACGGAAACGAUAGAGAUAGUGGACGGCCAACAACUACAAAUAGACAAGAACCCUCCAAAGAACGGCUUACCACAGUUGAACGCGGUGGCAUUGCGCGCGAUCGAAGGACUCCCAGGUCCUAUCUACGCUUUGUCCGCUAUUGGACCCGCACGCGUCGGCAAGAGUUUCUGGCUGGGUCAGAUUGCCAAAAGUCUCCUUACUUCGAAUACUGGCACAGGAACACCACUAGAAAGUAUUUUUGCCGUUUCCGACACAAGCGAGAGCUGUACAGAGGGUGCGUGGGCGUUAGCAGUGGAUCUAGCAAACGUUACGAACAGUAGACAAGAAGCACAAGAACAGGUAUUCGAAAUCGUCGAGGAGCAUCUACCUCAACGAUUGGAGGGGACAGGCAGUACUUUGUCGACAAGCAGUACUAGUCAUCAUGGGUUUGAAGAUCUUCAAGCUGAUGUGUCAUUACGGAACUUACUACCAUCACGCGGUACACUUUUGCUCUUGGAUUUACAAGGCAGCGACAAGGGCUCCGAAACGGAAGUGGCACUAGCGGACCAACUGACAGCGAUUCUAGCCCGGUUUUCAAGUCGAUCUCUUUUUUUCCUAGAUCGUCACGUCGAGGCAUCAAAGUUGGAGUUUUUUGAUCGUGUCGCUUUCACGGGCAAAGCCCUACGUCGGGAUUCAGCGUUCCUUCCAGCAACUACUUUCGUCAUACGACAUCCGCUGCGACUUCCAAAGCAGUAUACGACACGCGUCGACGAGUUUCGUGCGGUACUGGGCACUGAAAGGUGGGAUGUAGCCUCUUCUCGCGUGUUGGAGCUUCCAGAAAUUGACGUCGAAAACGGGACACUAGUCUUACAGCAAGCACGCAAACUCAUGGUGGACUUGUUGAGUGGUGUGGGAGGAGCACAUGAUGACACGUUGGAGUCAAGCCUGUUUGGAGGUACUAGGUUCCUUUUGGUAUUUGUUAUUCUGCAACUAAGACUAGACGCUUACAGUACUUGAACAUUCGGUGAAAGCUUAGUAGAGGUUUUCAUUACGUGACUUUCUAAGCAAGUUCUGACUUUGAUGUCGUGCAAAGAACCUAUUUAAUUAAUCUAAAACUCUGUCUCCUACAUCAAAAAUUGUCUGUCCCCCAGGUGACAACGCAGAGCUCUUGCCGCCUUUGCGCCUGCAGGAAGGUGGACUUCUCGAUGGUGCGGGAUUUCGUCAGAUGCUCUCGCAAACCGUAGAGUGGUUGCAGAGCAAGGAGCGCAAUUUGGACGACUUCUUUUUCCGUGAAGCUUCUGUUCGCACCAGGGUUUGUCGGGCCCGCUUCGCGCUACUGGAAAAAGAAUUAGAAGACCGAGUGCGUACCGGCAUGGGAUUGGACGGCCCUAGUAACCCGAGUGGAUCAACUGUAGACGCUUUUUCUUUGGAGGACACUUUUUUGAACUGGUGUCCACACGACGAGGCAUUACGAAAACGUGCUGUUGCUUUAGUUGAAGCGACGCGGAAGAAGCUAGUGGGAGGACCGAUUUGGCAGGCUGUAUCGUUCAUUUUCCGGGCUGGUGUGUUUGUGCUCAUCCAGCUGCCCAACGAAACAGCGAGCACCGUGCGAAAUGCGACCUUCUUGGUGAGCUCCAGUAUACUUGCAACUCGCGAGCGUCUUGUCUUUGUUGCUGGCUUAAUUCUUCUCGCAUGCCUGUACAAAAUAUUGAGUGGCAAAUCGACGACGCAGAUGGUGCGCAAUUUCUCGGUGGGUGCCCUGCGGCACAGUUUUUACGGACUUCGAUGCAGCAUCACGUGUCUUGCACCCUGCUUGCUGCUCAGCAACCGCAGCUUCCGCCGAGUAUGGACGCCCAUUGCAGACGAGGCUCGCGAAUGGUUCCACACGAUUGCGGAACGGCUUUGCACAAUGCUGCUUGCGGCACAGUCGAUGUCGGAGAACACCGGAAAAGCAGCAGGGGAUCUUCAUGGAUUGUCGAGCAAAAUUCCGCUUGCGGGAGGCAGUCAGACUUCUAGCACGUGGUGCGGAGUUGGCAGCUACGUGCUCGUUGAAUUCUUUGGUUCCAACAUUGACUACCUCCUGUACGGGUUGCUCAUCGCUUUUCUGUGGUUCGCCGUACCACAACUGCUUAUCCUGGUGGACGCCUUGCUGGUGCAACGAUUGCUACUGCCUUUCGUCAUUGAUCCAAUUUGCGGGUCUGUGUUUGGAAAGCGAUUUUUCGUGCACUCGAAUAGAAGAGCAGGAGGAGGUGGUGUGAGUACUACUACUAGUAGUAGCAUUAGUUCUUUCAAUACGAAUGUCGACGAAUCCGAUGAUGAGGAGCUUUUGUUUGAUGCCGGUCCGGUGCGCCACAAUUUGGAGGUAGGUGUUCUAGCUAAUGGAAAGAACGUAGCAUUUGGUGAUGAUGGCGAAGAAGUCAACGUCUCGGUCGGAUAUGGUUCUCGAGUGGUUUGUGCCCGCACUUUAUCGCGUGUGCUAGCACUGCUGCGAGAGUUGGUUUCAGUACCAGCGUCGUUUACCGACUUAAUCAGGCUGCAUGUUUUUGACUACGAGCGGCGGCCGAAGGUCGAAAACCGUAAGAAAACGUGGGAUUUAAGUCAUUCUGAGCAUCGAUCCUACACAGAACAGAAGAUUGCGGAACUGCUAGCGAGCGACGCCUACCGCCUCCGAGUCGAGAUGCUGAAGACGCAACAAGCCGUGCCAGCCACUUGGGGGUGGAAGGCGCAUUACGCGCGUUUCGCAAAGGGUACUGCAGUGCCAGCCACUGGACGUGCAGACUCAACAAACACAGAGGCAACAAACGAGCUGCUGUCUUCAUCAGGAGGUAGCAUUGCGCGAUCACGUUCGAAAAGUGGCCGCAACAAGAAAAUGGGCCGAGCUAGCAAUGCAGGUGACAAGACAAGUCGAAGUUCCCGCAGUACGGCGUGCAGCAGUCAGCACGAAGAAGAGGGUGAAGACGAUCAUAUAAUCGACGAUGUAUCAAAAAGAAUCCACCAAAUCUACGCAAUGCUUGGAACUGCGAAGUGAAAGAUGAAGAUGAACUAAAAGCUGCAUUUAAGACUCAUAAUUAUUGUUUUCGUACUCAAAGUUGCGAAGAAAAUGUUCGAUUCCCUUCUGUAUGUGUUAGAAGUCCAGAAAGUGAAAAGCGACCUGUGGAUGCACCUGAAAGGCGUAGUUGCAAUUCUGACACACAUUCCAACGUUGUCUUUGAGUAAAAACUUGAUGUUCAUAUGAUGAGAACACAUGUCAAUAUGAUGUUUCGAGUGUUGUACAAAUUCACGUCAGACAACUCUUGUUCAUGUGAAUACCAAUAUCUACAUGCAUGUUGAUCUGUUUUUUGUCUUCAAUCGUUUUUGAAUGUAUUUUGAUUGAGUAGUAAUGUACCGAUCCCGCACAUUCGACUUCCUUGAAGUUUCGAUGUCGGUCACGAGUAAAAUUCCUAGUGUAAUAGCUGAUAUUUUCUCCUCUCAACUGUCAUAAAAUGUACACAAUUGUUUGACGCGUAGCGCAACUCUCCAGUUCAAGGAAAGAAGAUUAAGAGGUGCGAUGAAUAGAUUGAUAUAACAAGAAGGUUGUACCACAAGAAGAUGGUAGAAUCGAGAGAAAGAGCAUCGUGGCGGCAGCGUCAAAGAUUUGUAACCUAAGUUACAAGUCAAAGAUUCGCGACAUCGAAGAAUGGCUGAGGCCAC